GGUGCAUUGUGGGAGCGGCGGUAAGAUGGCGGCGGCCGCCGCUGGGCUGAGCUGGAGGCGGGUGUCUUCCUUCACGGGGCCGGUGCCGCGCUCCCGCCACGGGCACCGCGCCGUCGCCAUCCGCGAGCUGGUCAUCAUCUUCGGCGGCGGCAACGAGGGCAUCGCCGACGAGCUGCACGUCUACAACACGGCUACAAAUCAAUGGUUCCUUCCUGCUGUAAGGGGAGAUAUUCCUCCAGGUUGUGCAGCACAUGGAUUUGUUUGUGAUGGUACCAGAAUAUUAGUUUUUGGAGGAAUGGUUGAAUAUGGAAGAUACAGUAAUGAUUUAUAUGAAUUACAGGCAAGCCGAUGGCUCUGGAAAAAAGUAAAACCUCAAGCUCCUUCCACUGGAUCACCACCUUGUCCUCGACUUGGCCACAGCUUUUCUUUAUAUGGUAACAAGUGCUAUUUAUUUGGUGGCCUGGCAAAUGAGAGUGAGGAUUCAAAUAAUAAUGUUCCCAGAUAUUUAAAUGAUUUCUAUGAAUUGGAGCUGCAGCAUGGUUCUGGAGUUGUUGGCUGGAGUAUUCCUGUGACAAAAGGUAUCUUGCCAUCUCCCCGAGAAUCUCACACCGCCAUUGUAUACUGCAGAAAAGAUUUGGGAAGUCCAAAGAUGUAUAUUUUCGGAGGGAUGUGUGGCUGUCGGCUUAACGAUCUCUGGGAACUUGACAUAGAAACCAUGACCUGGUCGAGACCAGAAACUAAAGGGACAGUUCCACUUCCUCGCAGUCUCCAUACGGCCAAUGUAAUAGGAAACAAAAUGUAUGUUUUUGGUGGAUGGGUUCCACAGUCAGCAGGAGGUGAAAUUUCUGCUCAUGAUGGUGAAUGGAAAUGUACCGGUUCAUUUUCUUAUCUUAAUUUGGAUACCACAGAAUGGAUAGGUCUGAUCUCAGAUUGCCAGGAAGACAAAGGUAACUUGUUACCAGGGCCAAGAGCAGGACACUGUGCGGUAGCGGUUGGCACUCGUCUGUAUAUCUGGAGUGGUAGAGAUGGUUACAGAAAAGCUUGGAACAAUCAAGUUUGCUGCAAAGAUCUUUGGUACCUUGAUACUGAGAAACCUCCAGCGCCAUCACAGGUACAGCUGAUUAGAGCUACAACCAACUCUUUUCAAGUGAAAUGGGAUGAAGUACCUACUGUUGAAGGAUAUCUUCUUCAAUUACAUGCUGAUUCACCAGUGCCAUCAGCGGCUGGAAUACCUGGCUCUGGGGCUCCUGAGACAUCCAUGCUGAGUUCACAAGGUGGCUCUUCUGUACAUCAAACUCCACAAUCAUUGACUAGUGUCCCUUGUCCAGAAAUGAAGGUGGAUCAUCCCAGCCAAGCAAAUAAUGUCAUUCCUAAUAACGUCCAAGUUUCCCUUUCAUCCAACUCAUUAUUAAAAAUAGAAGGAAAAGAAAAGGUUGCAGCACCUGAGAACAAGAUUACACAGGAGACUAUGAAAAACCAUGCAGAUGCAACAGGAUUCAAAGAAUCAAAUGCCCCUUCUCUUUUGCCUGUUUGUACUUCAAGUCCUCAGAGUUCAGCAAAUGUAGGUGAAUUACAUGACUUGGACAAAAGAACUGUAAUGCCUGAUGCUUCUGUAUCCAGUACUGUCUCCAGCACACAAACUAUGGUAACCCAGCAGGCUGUUAAAACUGAAUCAUCAAGUACAAAUGGGGCAGUUGUUAAAGAUGAAACUUCACUAACAACAUUCAAUUCAAAAUCUGAAGCUGCUGAAACUGCUUAUAUCAUGCCUUCAACGAGGGUCAAUACUGGACAGACAAAUGAUUCACACUCCUCUAAAACUCCACAAAGACAGAUGGCACUGGUGAAAACAAGAGACCGGCAGUGGUAUGAUGUUGGAAUUUUUAAGAACAACAGUGCUGUGGUGAGCCAAUUCUACUUGCUGCCAGAGGAAACACUGAGCAACUCUAACAAGCUGGAAAGUGCAGAUGUACCAGACUACAGAUUACUUAAGAAACAGGAUCUUUUUCCAGGCACAGUGUACAGGUUCAGAGUCGCUGCAAUUAAUGGCUGUGGUGUUGGGCCUUUCAGUAAAGUCAGUGAAUUCAAGACUUGCAUUCCGGGUUUUCCUGGAGCUCCUUCAACAGUCAAAAUCACCAAGAGCGUAGACUGUAUUCAUCUGUCUUGGGAGCCUCCAGCUUCACCUUCUGGAAAUAUUUUGGAAUAUUCUGCCUACUUAGCAAUUCGUUCCACACAAUUACAGGAAAAUCCAAAUCAGCUUGUAUUUAUGAGAAUAUACUGUGGGCUUAAGACAUCUUGUAUAGUGACAGCUGCCCAGCUUUCAAAUGCUCAUGUUGAUUACACUUCACGACCUGCUAUAGUGUUCAGGAUUUCUGCAAAGAAUGAGAGAGGAUACGGACCGGCCACACAAGUUCGAUGGCUUCAAGGUAAAGUCAGUGUCAGACACAGCAUUUAAGUGGGCUGUGGCAGAGAAAAUAGCUGAUUGUGCCUCUACAACCAACACUUUUCUCAGCAGCACAUGUCUCAGCAGUUCGCUUUUCUCAGCAGUGUAGUGUCAUUUUGUUCUUUGUAGAAGUUUUAGGAAAACGUGGAUGUUAACUUUUAGCUUAACAUUAAGAGAUGAUAUGUGUUCACAAGCAAAGACAAGCAGGUACUGAGUGUUGGUUAUUGAGUCUCACUUAGUCCCUCAAAUAAUAAAAUGCCAGUAAGCUUCUGAUUUCCCUGUACUUCGCUUCAGCUUAAAAGUUUUCCAUUUUAUUAGUAAGUAAUCCAGUUAUAUGCAGGAAUGUAGUCUUUUUUUCCCUAAUCUUUACCCCUUCCUUAUCAGAAUAAUUUUUCAUAAAGUGACAUAAGGUGCAUUUUUGUGAUUUAAUGUACUCUUUAAAGUCUGUAUUAGAGCUACUAGGAAUAGGUUUUGUCAUCUCAUCCCUACACUCAAAUUUGUGAUUAGUUGGGGAUGGGAAUGGAUCAACUUGAAAUUCCCACCCUCCGGGGAGUAACGGGCUGUUGGAUGGGCUUGACUGUCCUGCUAGUCCCUGCGCUGGGAUCCACAGGGCGCAGUUGAAAGUGAACUGUUCAAUACACUUCUGGUUGUUUUGAGUGUAGUUUUCUGGGAUGGGUAGCAACAACGAAGAAGUUGUCUUCCUACUGUUUAGUACUCUAGUGCUGUUUUAACCCUGAUCCCAGAACUAUGUAUCCCAGAACUACGAAACAGUGGUUGUUUGAUAGCAUUUGAUCAUGUACGCCUGUGAAAUUAUGAAAUGUUUCACAAUGUCUCCUUCUUUUUGCAGAUAUGAAAACAUCAAGCUCAAAGUAGAAUCAAGAUAAUAAAUUUCAAGUUUCGAAUGUAGUGUUUAAUGUAACUCUUGUACUAUUUGUAAAUGCUACAAAUAUUUUAUUUUUGCAUUGUUUUUAUCUUAAAAAUAUAUAACCUUUUUUACGUUUGAGACAUCAGCGUUACAGAGCCUUGCUCAGGUAUGAGUACCAUAUGGAAGCUAUACUGAAGAUGGUGGGGUGGAGGACCAUACUCUAUCCAGUAGCUUUUUGGUAGCGAUAGUUAAAAUAUUAAAUAUAUAUAUAUAUAUAUAUAUAUACACACAGAGUUUCAAAUAAAAAAAAUUGGCAUAUGCAGUACUAUUUGAGGUAGAGUCCCCAUGAUUGCUAGAGAUUUUGCAUAAAUAACUCAUAAAGAUUUGGUAAAUGAGCAAAUUGUUUGAUUUCAGUUUCUUAUACCACAUUCUUCAUUGUGGUGUCUGAGUACAAGGCAAAAAAUUUCCAGUUAUUAUUAUAGUAACUUAAAAUGUAUAAAUAUUUUAAUAUAUACUUUUUUUGUAAAGAAAUGAUUUUUCUACUAUUUGUAACAAAUAUCUUAAUCCUGAAAGAUAUCCCCUGAAAAUUUAAAAGGAAAAAGAUACUUAGUCAUUUGUCUUAUUACAAAAAAAAAAAAAACAUAAAUUCAUUGUAAAUGCACUACUAAUAUUUAGAAUUAUCCUUUUGUAGUUGUACAAAUCUUAAACUUGUAAAUACCAAUGUUUACAAGAGACCUUUCUGGUCUUGUAUUAAAACUUCCAUGAGAUUCAUUCUCUUUUUUUUUUUUAAACCAUAUGCUUUGCUUUUAGCAUAUGCUUGCUUUUUGCACUAAUAAUAACUUACCUCAUUCCUGUGUUUGUAAUCACUUGUGUUGCUUCCAUAAUGUUUCUGUAAAACUUCAAUCUGAAAACUUUAACCAAAGUUUAGAAUACAUGGUAAGCAAUUUUGCACAUAUCGUAUGGCAACUUUUGACAUAUUUAUUCCAGUUAAUCUUCUUAAGUGCUUGUUUGCUUUACCAGUAUAUUCUACCAAUCAAGUUCAGUAUCUCCCUUUUACUAUGCAUCAUUUUACAUUAACUAGCUAGCUGAUAAAUUCAACAAGCAUUACUUCUAGGAAUAGGUUGAUCCAUUCCUAUGCUAGAUGAAAAAUUUGUUCACAGUAGUGAAGUAAGGGUAAACAUUUUAAAUGCUAUUUAUGUAUCUAUAGAGAAACCUAUGUUUACCAAAGUGUAGAGGAAAAUGGCUGAGUUGGACAAGGUCACUAGGUGAAUAGAUUGAGGCACCUAAGAUUUAUUUUAAAAUAAAAUCUAAAUUACUUUACCGUGCAAUGAAGUUUAUACUUUGCACUUUAAUUUUACCCUGAAUGCCAAAAUACAAUAUACAUCAAGGUAGAAUUACUUGCCUCUGCCAGUUAAAUUUGUCUUAACAGCAUUUGUAAAUAAAUAAACUAAAUGAAUUGAUGUGCCUGGUUUGGUGGGAGAAGUAUCACUAAGAUGUUAGAGAUUUAACAGCUCAAGUAUCCCAGAGCAGAUUUUAUAGCCAAGUUUUAGCUACCCUGAAAGUCAGGGUUGUAACAGAAGUGCUGAUACAGCCUUAAUUAUUGCAACGCAUCACAUGCUAUAAUAGCAUAUAAAAAGUGCUGGGGACCAUAAAUUGCUAUAAUAGUGUUAAUUGUGGCACAGGAGUAACACACACGGUUUUACUCCAGAGAAAAAUCUUGUGAUUAUGACAAUGACGGAUAUCCCAGAUUCACUUUAAACAGUGUUUAUAGUAUGAAUGUAUAGGAAUUUUUCCUGAAGUUAACUGGCUUUAAAAUACUUGUGUUUUAAUGGUCCAUUUCAUCAGGUAUGAUCUCACUACCAAUACUGUCUGAUAACUAAAAAUAAUACUGUACACGAGCUGUUAACUAGAAAAAUAUAACUUGGUUUUUCUUAUUAGUACUGUGAAAGAAGCCUUUAGAGAAAACACUUGUGGCUUUGAUUUUGUUGGUUGAUAGCUGUGAUUGUAGAGUUGUUAUUUAAGAAUAAAAUCUGUUGGGUAUGUCUGGGUGAAGUUUUUUUGCACUUGGUUUCACAUGGUUUGCACAAUUUCUUUUCCAGUGGGUAUGUCACAACUACCAAAGGGUAAAACUGUGGCGUUUUCAAUGAAAGUAUAAUUUCCUUGUAAGUGUGCUUUCUUCAGCUGACUUGACAUAAGAUGUCAUUUUCUCUUCUUUGUCCAAGUUGGGUGAUGUUGAAUAGUGAUCAUAUGCAAAUCUUCAAUUCCUUACGGUUUUACUUUAAAAUGAAAUUGUGGUACAUGCUGUAAAAUACACUUUGUGGUCCGUUUUAGAACUGUAUUUAGAACAUGUCUAAAUCUCACCUGUUUGCCUAUCAACUAGAUAUCAGACAAAUACUGAUUGUUUGAUUUAAAAUUCAUUUGGAAGACUGUUGAUAUCAACUCCUUGAGAAUCCAUGUUAUCCACUCACUCUUUAAGUCACUAAAUGACAUGUAACAAGCUGAAAUCUAUCAGGCGACAGUAUCCAUGUUGUAGAAAUGUCUAGGUUUACUGAACUUGCUAAGGAAGUUGUGACGUGACCGUGGGUGCAGGACAGUUGUGCCGGUUAAGGCAGACGCUGCUACAACUUCACCUUAAGAAUGUUCUUGUGAAAGUGGAAAUAAAGUGAACAAUAACCUACACUUUGUGUUUUCAAAGUAAUUAUAGCAAUAUCUUUUGAAUGUAGUUUGGAGUAGAGCACAUGAUCAUGCCAUAAAUUCUGAAGAUAUAAGUAUUACUGUUGUUAUCUGAUAUUUCAGGAUAGCGAAUUUGACGUGAACUUAGUCUUACAGCCUGUUACUUAAUGACCUCUACAAGGAAACUGACAUUUUGUACAAUUAAAGUUGAUCAGUCUUAUUUCAAAGCAUUGUUUGUUCUUUGUAAUAAAGUGGUUGUCCUAUCAAA